AUGUUAAAGUCAUCGGUUAUUUUUUUAUUGGCUUUCCUUUCAUACAAUUUGUAUGGAACGUUGGCAGAAGCGCAGGACAAUGGGCGAUCCGUAUGCCUAUUGAACGACCCGCCAAGCCAAUGUGGAAUGUUUUGUCUUGAGGCACUGAAGCCAAUGCUCGAUCACAUUGCCUUUCACCAGCAGGAGUGGAGCACCUGCCAUCCCCAAGAACAUGAUGAAACCCAGGAAAAACUUGACAGAAUAGAAGCCAAACUGGAGAAGUUGCUGGACCAGGAGGAAGCCGCUUCGAGGAAUACAAAUCCCCUUGACUUACGGACGAAACUAGAACGCAUUGAAAACUGGAAGCUCUGCAGAAAAGCUGAAGAAACCUGCCGGCGGAUGGGCGGUCACCUGGCAACUAUUCAGGACGAAUCGGACUUCACCGCCAUCAAAGGAGAACUAAAGAUCUAUGAACACUACUGGCUGGGCAUCACAGACGUGGCCAAAAACGGAGAGUUUAUAUCCGUGGCCUCUGGCAAACCAGCACCCUUUAUUAAGUUGCGUCUGGCUUUAUAUCCAAGCCCAUUGGUGCACUGCCUCCUUCUGGAGGAGGUCAGCAGUCUGAAUGAGAAUCUCAGCGAGGACUACGACAAGUGGCUUUUGGGUGGAAAUAUCAGCGGUCGAAUUGGAUUGUGUGAGUAA